GGGGGCUUUUGGGGAGCUCCCGCUGGGCGCCUGGCCGUGUGAGCGCUGCGGUGCUCGGGAGCCGCCCUUCACUAGGCUGUGUCCCCCUUCGCCCGGCUCCGAGUGAGCCCCGGCCGCCUGCCCGCUCCCGGAAGCUUACGAAAGCCCGUAACAAAGGACCUGCGGGGCCGCCGGCAGCCGGAGCUGCGGGACCCCGGGAUCGGGCGGAUCGGCGGGGCUGAGCGCCCGCGGGGCCACGUGUCCCGGAUCGCGGCGGUGAGCGGAGCGUGGCUCGGCGGCCUUUCCCCGGAGCGCCCGGCCCUCGGCGCCCUCCGGAGCCCCGAUUUCUGCAAACGCGCAAGCCGGUUCUGCCCUGAGCCCCUGAAGCUUUGUGUGGAGGAGCUACUGAAGUCUGAUUUUAAUUUAAAAAAAAAAAAAACUUUUUGCAAGUUUCGUUCUGGGAUUUUUUUUUUGUUUUGUUUUGGUGCCGUUUGCAAUACUCUACCUCCUCGCCUCCUUGCUCCUGGUGUAUUAUCCAGGAGUCGAACCUGGGAUGAGCGUUUCGUAAUUGCGAGUUAGAACUGUUAGACGUCACGACGGAAUAGUACUCAAGAUGGACAAAAAGUCCUUUGAGACGGUGCUGGAUGAAAUUCGAAAGGCUGUUUUAACAGAAUAUAAAUUAAAAGCAAUUGAAUAUGUUCAUGGGUACUUCUCCAGUGAACAGGUGGUUGAUCUCCUAAGGUACUUCUCCUGGGCGGAGCCACAGCUGAAGGCCAUGAAAGCACUCCAGCAUAAAAUGGUGGCGGUCCACCCGGCAGAAGUGGUGAGCAUCCUGAGCUGUUUCACCUUCAGUAAGGACAAGCUGGCCGCUCUGGAGCUCUUGGCCUCAAACAUUGUGGACGCACAGAACUCCCGUCCCAUUGAAGAUUUAUUCAGAAUCAACAUGUCUGAGAAGAAACGGUGCAAGAGAGUGCUGGAGCAGGCUUCCAAGGCAGGCUGCAAAGCCCCUCAUGCCAUGAUUUCUUCGUGUGGAACCUUCCCAGGAAACCCCUAUCCCAAAGGAAAACCCAGUCGCAUAAAUGGAAUUUUCCCUGGAACUCCUCUGAAGAAGGAUGGUGAAGAAAUUACCAGUGAAGGCAAAGGAAUAGCAGCUCGGAUUCUCGGGCCGUCCAAACCACCUCCUUCAACAUACAAUCCACACAAACCUGUCCCCUACCCAAUUCCUCCAUGCCGGCCGCAUGCAACUAUCGCACCAAGUGCUUACAACAAUGCGGGUCUGGUACCAUUAGCCAAUGUGAUAGCUCCAGGCGUCCCUCCUCCACCUCCAUACACUCCAAAUCCAGCAGGAACAGACAAUGAAGACCUUUCCAGUCAGUCAAAACCUAUCCAGAGUCAAACAUUUUCCACCCCAGCGAGUCAACUCUUCUCUCCCCAUGGUUCUAAUCCUUCGACUCCUGCUGCGACUCCAGUACCAGCUGUGUCCCCAGCCAAGGCAGUAAACCAUCCAUCCGUGUCAGCAGCUGCCUCCGGGGCCGGAAUGAGUGCGACCAACACUGCCCUGGCGGUGUUCCCAACACCUCAGCCAUCCACACCGAACCCGACUGUGAUCCGGACUCCCUCCGUGCCCGCAACGCCUGUUACUUCCACCCACUGCACCACACCCGCUCCCGUCCCUUCCGUUUUUUCUGGCCUAGUGCCACUGCCGGGUCUAUCUGCCACUCCCACCCCACCCACUCAGGCCAGCUCGACACCAAGGGUCACUCUGGCUUCCAAUGAGACAUUUGCUUCCACGUGUGCCCCAUUCACCGGCCACUCCUCGGCCAGCUCUACUGCUGGGUCAGCCAGUAACCCAAUCACAGCUCCCCUCUCAUCGGUCUUUGCAGGUCUGCCUUUGCCCUUCCCGCCAGCAUCCCACAGCAUAGCCACCCCGACUCCUUCUGUAAUUGCCAGUGCUGCAUGUCCACAUGGUGUAAAUAGCCCCCUUCUGUCUGCCUUAAAAGGCUUUCUUACAUCAAAUGACACACACUUAAUCAAUUCCUCCGCCUUGCCGUCUGCGGUCACAAGUGGACUGGCUUCAUUAUCCUCUCUUCCCAAUCGAAACUCAGAUUCUCCUGCCUCAGCCACUAACAAGUGCUAUCCCCCUGCGGCUGUUCCUGCGGCACAGAGGUCUUCCACCCCAGGGCUGGCCAUGUUCCCAGGCCUGCAGUCUCCUGUGGCUAGUGCCACCUCUGUAGCCCCAACGCUGCCUGCACAGUCUCCAUUAGCUACCCCCUCCACGGCAGUGCCAGUCAGCUGUGGCUCCUCAGGCUCGCUUUUGCACGGUCCCCAUGCAGGUGGCAUCUCAUCUGCCCCUGCUGCAGCAACUAUGCCUGUUAUGAUAAAAAGUGAGCCCGCAAGCCCCCCACCCUCGGCCUUCAAAGGCCCAGCUCACCCCGGGACUCCUGCUCGUGGUACCUUGGGCCUGUCGGGUGCCCUGGGCCGUGGAUACCCCACGACCUCAGUGCCCAUCAGUGUGUCUACUUGCCUUAACCCUGCACUGUCCGGGCUCUCCAGCCUGAGCACCCCGUUAGCUGGUUCUAUGUCCCUUCCCCCGCACGCAUCCUCCACACCCAUCGCACCUGUCUUCACUGCCCUUCCCCCUUUCACUUCAUUGACUAAUAGUUUCCCUCUACCAGGCAGUCCCUCCCUCAAUCCUGCUGUAUCCCUCGCGGGGUCAACCACCACCACAUCUGCAGCUGUACACCCUAGCUCUGCAACGGUGCGCUCAGUGCUACCCACCUCCAAUGCCUCGCCCGCGGCCUUCCCACUCAACCUGCCCACCGCUGUGCCCUCACUCUUCGCGGUCACCCAAGGCCCGCUGCCCACCUCUAACCCGUCCUACCCCGGCUUCCCUGUCUCCAGUGCCCCAAGCGGUGCCCCCACGCUGCCCUCGUUCCCAGGGCUGCAGGCGCCCUCCACGGUGGCAGUUACCCCGUUGCCAGUCGCUGCCUCGGCUCCAUCGCCUGCACCUGUCCUCCCGGGGUUUGCCUCAGCUUUCAGUUCCAACUUCAACUCCGCCCUGGUGGCACAAGCCGGUUUGUCAUCGGGACUCCAAGCUGCGGGUAGCUCUGUUUUUCCAGGCCUUCUGUCCCUCCCAGGUAUCCCUGGGUUUUCCCAGGCUCCCCCACAGUCGUCCCUGCAAGAGUUACAGCACAGCGCAGCUGCCCAGUCGGCUUUGUUACAGCAGGUCCAUUCAGCAUCGGCUCUGGAGAGCUACCCAGCCCAGGCAGAUGGGUUUCCUAGCUAUCCUUCCACUCCAGGAACACCAUUUUCUCUGCAGACAGGCCUAUCCCAAAGCGGAUGGCAGUGAAUUAUAAAGGUGUUUAUUCUUCUUGGGAGCAACAUGAGAUUUACCCAAGAACUGCAGUGAACAAUCUAACAGAUGAAAUUGGCCAAUAAUUUGAAAGAGUUCCUUAGGGACACAGGGACAGGGACACAGGUUGUGUUUUUAAAGUGGUUGUAUCAGAACCCUUAAUCUGACCUAUGUAAAUAAGAUGACAAUAAAUUGUAUCGAGAAUAGUAUUUUAACUGUACUUGGGGGCUUAGUACCUCCCUUCCUGUAAGCUUUGAAUUAUGUGAGUGACCCACAUAGACUAUUGAGGAGGAGACUGAAGUCUUUAUAGCCGAACACAGCCUUAAGUCUGCUUGUAUUGCCUCCACAGACAGAAGUGAUAGUUGUGCCUCCGGCUGCAUGUGGCCCUGCGGGGGGUUCUAUUCUUCAGAUGCAUGUUAGCAUCAGCUGGAACACAGUAUGCCACAUGUAUCCACAACAGGGGGCUUGAGGCAACUGUUACUUUUAAUUUAUUACCAAUAGUCAUACGUACUGCUGAAUUUAACUGAAUAUAUUUCAGGAAAGUAAAAAUGGUGCUUACUCUAGUCUUUAGGAUGACUUUCAGGUGUUUUCAACUAAAAAUGUAUACCCAGAACUACUUGCAGAUCUAUAAGUAAGGGAGGCUUAAGAUUAUUUGGCAAAACAUUUUUCAUAAUCUCAGCAAUAUGCUGACAGGUGAGUCCCGGGACACCGUUGUUGCUCAUUGUACCCUGGAAGCUCUUGGUGAAUGUUUACAAUCAUGGGAUGUAUUUCCACUCACACACUCAUCUGAAAUGAAUGUGCGGCAGCAAGAGAGAAGACGUGUGCUGUCUGUGCGUGCAGUGUGUGCUAGGACCGGUGCUGGUGGAAGGUGACCCACCAUCAUCCAGAACAGUAGCUCCACACUGGGGUAGGGGGAGUGGGGAGAAUGUAAACCAUAGGAUCUACUGUAGUGCAUCUCAACAUCUAGAAAUUCUACUUUUAUAAAGAUGAUGUCUGGAAGAUGUUGUAAAUGUAUUUUCCUUCAAUGCGGGGAACAAACUUUUUAAGUAUAUUGAAUAAUCCUGUAUGGUUAGUUUUUAACAUUUUUAAAAAAUAAACUACGGAUAUCA